AUGAGUGCUAUAGCAUUGAAACUGGGUGCGUUGCUUGUACGGCAGGUUACACGACCAAUGGCAAACGUGCUGAAGCGGCAAGCAAAAGAGCAUGCUGUAUUCAAGGAAAUUUGCAUCGGUUUGGCCCAGAAAAUGCACGUUGCAGAUGUUGUGUUGAGAAGCAAACUGACGCCAACUAAGUUUUCCAAAACGAUUCGUCCGUUGAACGAUACGAAAGCUGUUGAAAAUGGUGCAACGUUGCUCAGCGAAGGCUUUGUAUUUGGUGUUACGGGUAGUGUUGUAGUGUGGGAGACUUUAAGACAGCGUCAAAAGGAGCUGGAUAGACGUGAACAGGUCACUCAAGAUAUUGCUUUUUUACAAUCGGAAAUCGAAGAACUGAGAUCAACGACUAAGACCCAAAGCGACCAAAUAAAAUCAUGUCAAAGUCUUAAGGAAGAACUAAAAUUAAUUCAGUCAAAACUCUCCUCACAUAAAUGA